AUGAACAACCAUGAAACUGUACUCUGUGAAGGAACUUUAGACAUGUUUGAUGCUCCAUCUUUUACUAGCAUCAAUAUUAGUAGUAAUUCUUCAUCUUCUCCGUCAUCUAAUUCUCCAUCACUUGUUUUUCAUCUUUCAACAUCAUCCGACUUUCAAACAUCUGAACAAACCAAACAAAGUUCAAGUGGAAAAAGAUCUAAAUCAAAGGCAAAGAAGAGGAAAGUUAUUUUGGAUGAGGAUGAUGAACGUGAUUAUGAGGAGUGUGAUUUUAUUUUGGAAAAGGGAGUUUAUUCAUAUGCACCAAAGUAUCAAUGUUGGACAGAUAUUUCAAGUGAGGUAAAACAGGUUUAUAGAGUGGUUUGGGAUAUGUUUGCCAAGUGUGCCCGUUCUAUCAUUAAUGAUCAUUUGGAAAUGAGAAACACUAGUAGAGUCCACCAUCUUACUCUUGGUUCAUGUCUACCAACAGUCUUUUACUUGAUAUUGAAGGAAACAAAUGGUGUAUUCAAUCAAUGGUUCCAAGUUGUUAAGAAGCAUGGUAUUAAAGUUAAGGAAGAAUGUAUCCAAUUUCGAUUCAAGAAUUGUCUUCCAUGUUUGGAUAAAUCACCCUUACUCUACAGCCCAUUCCUUUAUCAACCAGCAACAUCCCCAAUAUCAAGCCUUCAACACAACACCACAUCUCAAAUACCAAUCCACAUAACCUCUCCAAACUAUGUGGUGUCUCCGAGUCCAACACCUAUCCUUCAACACAUUAUUCCUACCUCAAAUCAUGUAAGAUACUUUCAACAACGAGUUAACAUUGGUCAACAUGAAACAACAACAACUCCAACAUCAAACUUCCAACAACGAGUCAACAUUCAACAUGUGACAACUCCUUUCAAUAACACAUCUCCAAUUUCAAAUACCCAAAGACUCAAUUUGACUCAAGAUUCAAAUGUUGAUGUAUUAAGCACCCAGUCGUCUUUUUUACCAUCUUCUUUUUUAGAAAAUUCUGAACCAACACCUCAGGAAUCUAAUAAACGAGCUGCUUCUUCUGAAUUAGGUUCACCAAAAAAAAAGGCACCAAAGAAGGCCUUGGAGAAUAUUGAUUAUUCUUUGGAAUAUGGAGAAAUGGACUUCUCACAAUUUGUAGAAAAAGACCACCCUUCAACCUUUAUUAAGAAUAAUGGAAAUGUUUAUUCUGUCAUGAACAUGAAACAACUUUCGUUAACUGUAGAUCCAGCAUACACAUUACUGGCAGCUCAAUCGUACAUGUCAAACUUCCCCAACAGUAAAUUUAUUACAACCUCGAGGCAGAGUGCAAAUAGUAGUGAAGUACUUGAUACCUUUGAGGAAAUGAUUGAAAGCGAAUUGGAAAAGUAUUCCGACUGUUUUGAUCAGGAAGAACAUGAUAAUCAAAUAGGUACUUGA